AGAAAAAAUAAUGGCACCAGGCUCGCAAGCCCCCUUCUCUCUCUUGUUCUGCAGUAAAAUAUUAACUCUUUAUUUAUUUUUUUCUCUCUGUUCAAGGCAUCUUUUAUUUUAAAAAACUAGCCACACAAGUCUUCAGCAAAAUGGGGGUAUUGACUUCAAGCUUGAACCAUUUCUGAUCCUCUAUUUAUAUUUGCACCUUAAGCACCCUGGGUAAGCCUGCUUGAAAUGUCCCAUUGUGCUUGAACCAAUAAAUAUAAACAAUGCGAUUUAAUUCAUGUUACCCACACUCAGCAAAUGUCAGCGAGGAAAGCCACUAUAGGUUAGUCACUUUGCGUCAAUUCCAACAGCAUUUUACAUCGGCUAACAAAACUGUUUGAACUUGGGUAUGCUAUAUCAUUUUUUUUUUUAAAAGAGCAUACAUGUAGUUAAUUUGCUGCCGAAACAGACCAAAGCUGACACUCCUUUGAUAUGAAAUGCAACGCUGUAAGAAACCAUUAAGGACGCUGCAUAAACACAGUGGUGUUUUAAGUUUGCUGGCUAUAAAUAUUUAUAGGCUUAAGUUCUAAAUUCCCCCGUCCUAACGGGUGAAACCUAGCAGUAGAGUGAGGAAAAUAUCAGGCACAGGCUAUUAGGGUGCAUUACAAAGGAAUAUAUAAAUACUGGAUUGGAACUUGGUAUUGGCACAAUGCUGAUAUUAAAUGGCUCAGAUCCAGGUAAAAUGUUCAGUACAUCCCUACAACAGCACAAAGCAUGCAGGAUAGAUGCUGUGCAUGCUAGGAUAGAUUUCUUUCGAAGGUGUGUGCCGUCAUUUAAAAUUACUUUUAGCAGAUGUUUUGGAAGUUGAUUAACAUAUAAUUUGGUUAUAACCAUGAGAAGCACACAAACCGGCUUUGGCAUGUCCUAUCUCCAUGUGCCGAAGCCUUUUAUUUUCAUAUUUUACGUUGUGCAUCUGUAUUUCCAAAUUUCACUAACAUGCAAGAGAGUUUUAAGCCUCUGCUUGAUGUUGCAGUAAAACAAUGCUUUUUAUUGACCCUCUCCACACAUGACUCUGAAAGAGUUGAGUGAAUCUCACGUUUAACAGUGGUGUUUCUUUUGUUGUUGUGUUUUACAGUUCUUUUUCCUGGUUCAGCCAGCCCUAUAUACCAGGCCCUGCUGAAAAUGCCACCAACAGUUUUGUCUUCUGCAGCCUUAUCCUGUUUCUCAAGUGUCCUCUCUGUUGUGGGCAUGUGUGUGUGUGUGUGUGUGUGUGUGUGUGUGUGUGUGUGUGUGUGUGUGUGUGUGUGUCUCUCUCUCUCUCUCUCUCUCUCUCUCUCUCUCUCUCUCUCUCUCUCUCUCUCUCUCUCUCCCCCUCUCCCUCUCCCCCCUUUUAAAAUGUAAAAUGUCAGAUAAAAAAAUAGCCUGUUUUCAGAUUGCACCAUGGAUGAUCAUCUCCAUAAGAUUUUCCCUUUUGAAUUUGCUGUUUGAUUUCUUCAGCUUUGGGCACAUUUGUCAUGAUUUUAUCACAGCUUUUGCUGGUAAUAGCCCUUAACUGUUUAGUGCAGUUUCUCUGUGACAUUGUUUAGUGUUUCUAGUGACAUACUGUUGGCCCAAACCUAGCAGUACUGUAGUAGCUUGUUAGCAAUACUUUAUUUGGUUGCCAAGUAUUUUUUCUUUCUUUUUUUGUGGUGGGAUUGUACAAAGUAACCACCAACAAAAGCCCAGAAAAGGUAAUAUGUCUGAACCUUUUCUGUUUUUGUAUUGGUAAUGGUAAGUAAUGUUGAAAUGUACCCUUGUCUACACCCAAAUCAUGAACUUUGUUUUCUGUAUCUCAAUGUUUUUGUGUGCUUUAUAGCGAAGCAGCCGGCACGAGUCGCUUGUUCAUAAAACAUCUAAUGAAAGUUGAGAGCACAUCCCACGGGACAACUGGCUGUGCUUGCUUACGUUUGGUUCAUGACUUAAAAAACAAGUACAGGAGUCAUUCCUGAUGAAUCUAAAGCUAUGUCGCUGCUGGCUCCAGCCAAUGCUGUGGCAGGAAUGAUGCCUGGGGGAGGCCUUCUACCAACACCCAAUCCUCUGGCAACAAUGGGAGGGACACCAUUCGGAGGUCUUGGAGCUCCCAACAUGGAACAAAUGGCUGCCAUGGGAAUGCAAGGCACUAACAUGAACCCCCAGGCUCUUUCUGCAGACUUCCUGAAGCUCAUGCAGUCCAUGGACCCAAAACUUAAUCCAUUAGCGGCCGGACUGAACUUGAAUCCAGGGCUGAAGAAUGAUGCCUCCAAUAAGGAGAUUGAAGAGGCCAUGAAGAGAGUCCGAGAGGCCCAGUCUCUCAUCUCUGCAGCCAUUGAACCUGGAAAUAAAAAAGAUGACAAGCGCAAACAUUCCCGCUCCCGGUCGCGCUCAAGGCGCAGGCGGUCCAGAUCUCGCUCAAGACACAGACGUUCGAAGAGCAGGUCUCGGCGGAGGUCCCAUUCAAGGAGCAGGAGGAGGUCCAAGAGUCCACGGAGGAGGAGGACCCACUCCCGGGAUAGAAGCCGCCGCAGUAGAUCUAGGGACAGGAGGAAGGAGGAAAAGUCUAAGAAAAGGUCAAAGACGCCCCCCAAGAGCUACAGCAGUGCCAGGAGGUCUCGAAGCAUUACUCGGAGGCACAGGCGAAGCCGCAGUGCAUCUCGGUCCCCAAAGAGGAGGCUGUCCAGGUCUCCAUCGCUCAGACGCCACAAGAAAGAAAAAAAGAAGGAGAAGGAGCGUGAGAAAGAGCGCGAUAGAGACCGGAGGGAGGACAGAGACCGGAGCAGAGACGAAAGGGAACGCUCCAGCAGUAAGAAGAAGAAGAGCAAAGACAAGGAGCGAGAUCGCGAACGCAAGUCUGACAGUGAGAAAGGAGAUGUUAAGGUUACCCGGGAUUACGAUGAAGAGGAGCAAGGUUAUGACAGUGAAAAGGAAGGAGAGGAGGACGACGAUGAGAGGAAGAGCGACUCUGACUCUGCCUCGUCCCUCAAAGGUCAGGAGGAGAUGGAGAGAUCAGAGGGCAAAAUCCCCAAAAAGUCCAAAUUGAAUGGAGAUGACCACCAUCAGGAAGACAUGGAGAUGAGCGACUAAGAACCCCCCGAACCAGACAGCGUUAUCUUUUCACUUUUAUAUUUUUAAUAUAGGCCACAACAUGUCUGUGCCUGAUCACUCAAAGUUAAAACAGAAGGAUUUGUUGUCUUAACUGUAGAAACAUUGGCAAAGGAGGUGGUUUAGAACGAAAGCUGUCCAAUAAUUUUUGUAAAGACUAGAACGAUUACUUAAAUAUGAAUAUCGUUAGACAUGGUUUUAAAUUGGUAUUGAUGUACUUUUUUAAGAUCCUGUUGAUUUUUUUUUUUUAUUAUUGCCUUUGUCUUCCUGAAAGUAGAAUACAAAGCAUUUCCCACUAGAAUUCUGUCUGUAAAUAUUUUAAUUGUCGGGAUUAAGGCCUUUCUUCCUAUUAACUGUCACUUAACACCCAGCACCAACUUCAUGGUCAUUUUUUGGUUGCUGGAUAAUUUUGCUUUAACUGUAAUGCACGCAGUCCUGUUUCAGAUGACCUUCCUAUUUACAACCCAUGGUAAGUGUACACUGUAGAUUGAAAUGUGUUGUUGCAAUGAAAUACAUAGGUUUUCCAAAGGAAACUAAUAAAGUUUGGUCAAACUGUCAA